UAGCCCCGCGGCCGCCAUGAGCCAGCCGAGCCGCGUGUCGUACGUGCGGCCCCCCGAGCCUCCUUUCCUGGCCCGCUUCAAGCAGGAGGCCGGCUACACUGACGGACCCACAGUACACACCAAGAAAGAGCAGCCUCAAAUCCCGGAGGACGGUGAGAACAGCGACAAGGAAGAUGAGCAGCCCCAGGUGGUCGUGUUGAAAAAAGGAGAUUUAUCUGCAGAAGAAGUGAUGAACAUUAAGGAGCAGAUAAAAUCCUCCAAAUCUGAUGAAGAACCAGCCCCAGCUGAUGGAAAAAUCAUGUUCAGGAAACCAGUCAAACGUUCCUCCGAUGAGAAGUAUAUGGGUUUGACUGCAAGCUCAAGCAAGAAGAAGAAAGAAGAAAAGAAAAAUUUGGGCGAUUCAGUGGGUCCAAAGAACCCUCAGAAACAAAUUAAAAAUAGUAGCCUGCUGUCAUUUGGCGACGAUGAAGAGGAAUAUUAACUGCUCUAUGUAUUUUUGAUGUAACCUGUUCAUCGCUUUGACAGUGUAUUCAGCCAAAGUGGGGCUUUCCUUUUAACUCUAGUUUCAAGUUUGGCAUGUACUUAACAAUGUGGAGUUUGAAGUGUGUAAAAUAAAGAUGAGCUGAUUUUUUUUUUUUUUUUUACAAAACUAUAAAUGGAUAAUUGAGGUCUAAGAUCAGGACUAGUCUGUAGGUGUUGGUAGUAAAUUAGAGGUAAGCAUUUAACAAUCCUUCCAAGACAUGAAUUCAAAUUUAUGUUAUCCUUACGACGUGACAUUCUUAACAUGUAAUUGUAUAAAAAUUGUAGCCCCUCUUACCUUUAAGGUGAGAGACACAAGAUUUUAUGAUAGUGAUGUGCAGAUUUUAGGAUCUACUUCUUCCGAAGCUUGCUGUGUAACUGAUCAGGGAGUUGAUCCAUCACUUUGGUUUGUUUUCCAUCUUCAGAGUGAAAUUCAUUUGUAAAAUCUGAAUCUCUCAAAAUAAAGGUGCUGUGUCUGUAUGGUUUCCCUUUCUGAAAUAAUACAAGAAAUGCUAAUUAAAGUGUAUGAUUUGGUUUGUUAAAUUCUUAUGGCUCACUUUUAAGAUUUCUUACACGUAUAUUUUAUAAAAUGUGUGUGGUUAAUGUUUUGGGGGCUUCAGAUCAUUUUUAUUUUAGGAAUUCCAUUUUGGCUUUAAAAUUUGUUGAGCCUAGUACGUUUGUGAAGUCUACUCAUGGUGUGUACAAAGGAGAAAAUAAGCUUUGAGAUUUUAUGGUGAUGUUCUUUUCAACAAAAGAAAUGUGAUAAUUCUCAAAUUCCUUGAAGCUGUCUAGAAGAAUCUAUUGUAUUAUAACUUAAUAUGCAGCCAGAAAAAAAAACAAAUUGUCUUGAAAAGAGUGCCAUAAACUUAGUUUUUCAGUUUGUGGCAAUACAUGUAAAUUAAUGGGAAAUGUAAAGCUUCAUAAAGGAGCUGAUUUGACGUUGCUGUGUGACAGCUGUUUUUAGUGUUAACUGCUAAUGUUCAGUACAGCUCUUAGUAAAGCAUACAUUGUAAAUAAAAUAAUCCUUGAACAUGUUCAUAAGUAUAAAUUAAAAAUAUUCCAUUAAAGAUGAAAUGGAAAUUUGCCAUUACAAUCCAA